AUGGAUGCAAUUCUCGAUUUCUCCAGUGACCUCGAUCUCGACUUGUUCGAUCGGGUUGUUGAAACGUUUUACAAGAGUGGACCUGACCAGCUGCGGGCGCUGGUGAUCUUGACACAGUUUCAAGAAAAUCCAGAGUCCUGGAAGCGUGCAGACGUCAUCUUGUCCUCAUCUAGAAACCCCCAGUCCAAGUACAUUGCCUUAUCCUGCUUGAACUCUUUGAUCAAGUACAGAUGGAAGACCAUCCCCGAAGGCGAACGCAUUGGUAUCCGGAAUUUCAUUGUCAAUAUGAUUAUCGCCUUGUGUGAUGAUGAGCAAGUUUUCGAGAAGGAACGUGCUUUGAUUAACAAGAUCGACUUGACAUUGGUUUCGGUCUUGAAGCAAGAAUGGCCUCAUAACUGGCCUCAGUUCAUUCCGGAGAUUGUCAAGAGCUCCAGAUCUUCGUUCAACGUUUGCGAAAACAACAUGAUCAUUUUGAAGUUGAUGAGUGAAGAAGUGUUUGACUUUUCCCAGGGUGAAAUGACCCAGGCAAAGGCAAACUCCUUGAAGAUGAGCUUGAGAGCAGAAUUCGAGGAGAUUUUUAAAUUGUGCUACGAGGUCUUGGAUAAGGCCACCAAGCCCUCCUUGAUUAUCGCAACCUUGAACGCCCUCUUGAAGUAUAUCCAUUGGAUCCCUUUGAACUACAUCUUCCAAACAGACCUCUUGUCUCUUUUGACCGAGAAGUUCUUGGCUCCUGCCGACACUAGAUCCGUCACCUUGAAGUGCUUGACUGAAGUCUCAAGUUUGAUUUCUCCUGCCAACGAGGACAAGUUCAUCUUGUUUUUCCAGCAAUCCAUGCAAAAAUUGGUGAACAUUGUUCCUUUGGGCAAGACUCCACUCAAGGUUUCCUACCAGGUUGCCAACUCCAACGACCAAUCCUUCUUGCAGGAUUUGGCCAUGUUCUUGUGCACCUUCUUGAAUAACCACUUGUUGGCGUUGGAACGCAAUGACAACUUGAAGGAUUUACUCAUUGUUGCCUUGAAUUACUUGAUAGAAGUCUCCAGUAUCCAGGAAAGAGAAUUGUUCAAGACCUGCUUAGACUACUGGACCACCUUCGUGCACGGAUUGUUCGAGGAGAUCCAGAACUUGCCAGCCACCGAGAUGAGUCCUUUGAUGCAACUUUCUUAUGGUUCUCAAUUGAGACCUUCCUCCAACGGUGCCCCAGAUCCAACUAUCUUGGCCAAAUAUCCAUUGAGACAACACAAGUAUGCAGAGGUUUUGUCUAAGUUGAGAUUGGUCAUCAUUGAGAACAUGGUCAGACCAGAGGAAGUGUUGAUUGUGGAAAAUGACGAAGGUGAAAUUGUUAGAGAAUUUGUUAAAGAAAGUGACACUAUUCAGUUAUACAAGUCCAUGAGAGAAGUUUUAGUUUACUUAACUCACUUGGAUGUCGUGGACACUCAGCUGAUCAUGAACGAAAAAUUGGCCAGACAGAUUGACGAGAGUGAGUGGUCUUGGCACAACAUCAACACUUUGUGUUGGGCUAUUGGUUCGAUUUCCGGUACCAUGAACGAAGAGAUGGAAAAGAGAUUUCUUGUUUCUGUUAUCAAGGACUUGUUAUCAUUGACUGAACUUAAGAGAGGUAAGGACAAUAAAGCUGUCGUUGCCUCCAACAUCAUGUACAUUGUUGGUCAAUAUCCAAGAUUUUUAAAGGCUCAUUGGAAGUUCUUGAAAACCGUGGUUAACAAGUUGUUUGAGUUUAUGCACGAGACCCACGAGGGUGUGCAAGACAUGGCCUGUGACACUUUCAUCAAGAUUACAAACAAAUGUAAGAGGCAUUUUGUGGUUACCCAAGCAACAGAGAGAGAGCCAUUCAUCAAUGAAAUCAUUCGCAACAUUCAAUCUAUUACGGAGGAUUUGCUGCCACAACAGGUGCACACUUUCUACGAAGCUUGUGGUAUCAUCGUUAGCGCCCAAACACAAAAAGAUGCUAGAGACAAGUUGUUGAGCGAGUUGAUGGCAUUACCAAAUGUUGCAUGGACUGCUAUUGUCCAGAAGGCUGCUGAAGAUCCCGAAUUGUUGACCAACACCGAAACGGUUAAGAUCAUAGCUAACAUCAUCAAGACCAAUGUGUCUGUUUGUAAAGCCAUGGGUCCUGGAUUUUAUUCCCAACUCGGCUUGAUGUAUGUGGACAUGUUGUCGUUAUACAAGGCCGUCAGUGGAAUGAUCUCUAAUGCUGUCGCCAACGAGGGAAUCAUCGCAACCAAAACUCCAAAAGUUAGAGGAUUAAGAACCAUCAAGAAGGAGAUUUUGAGAAUGAUUGAGACCUACAUCAUUCAAGCUGAUAACUUGGAUGAGAUUGUUAGAGACCUUGCACAGCCCUUAUUUGCUGCUGUCUUGGAGGAUUACAAGACCAACGUACCAGAUGCCAGAGACGCAGAGGUUUUAAACUGUAUGACUGCGCUCGUGUCGAAGGUGGGCCCCAUGAUUUCUGGAGGAGUCGUACUCAUAUUACAGAGUGUUUUUGAGUGUACUCUAGACAUGAUCAAGAAUGACUUUGUUGAGUAUCCUGAGCAUAGAGUGGAAUACUACAAGCUUUUGAAGGAGAUCAACGCUAGAUCGUUCGACGCAUUGCUACAGCUCUCCGGAGAAGCAUUCCAGUCAUUAAUCAAUGCAGCAUUGUGGGCAUUGAAGCAUAAUAACAGAGAGGUUGAAGAGAAUGGAUUAUUCUUGACCAUUGAGUUGAUUGAGAACGUGGAAAAGCUUGGAAUCACUCCAUUUACCAAAGCAUUCUACGAGAACUUCUACUUCCAAAUCUUGUCGGAUACAUUCUAUGUGUUGACACAACCCGACCACAAGUCUGGCUUCAGAUACCAGGCACAGUUACUUGCACAGUUGAUUCAUUUGGUACAGGACGGGGUGAUCAAAGAGCCAUUGUAUACUUCCGAGCAAGCACCAGAAGGUACUUCUAACUCGGACUACUUGAAGCAGUACUUGGGCAACUUGUUGUCAUCGGCAUUUGAGAAUUUGCAGAAGGACCAAUUGGUGAACUUCUUGAAUGUAUUGACGACUGUGUACAAGGACUUGAACAAGUUCAGUGGAACAUUGAGAGAUUUCCUUGUGCAAAUUAAAGAGUUUGGAGGAGAUCCUACCGACUACCUUUUCGCCGAGGACAAAGAGCUUGAGAAGCAAGAGCAGACAAGAUUACAGAGACAGAAGGAUUUGCAAGUUGCUGGAUUGAUCAAACCCUCCGAUAUGGAUGAUGACUAG